UCAUUUGCGGAGGACACAACAAACAAUGUUUAGUUCUUCUUCUUCUUCUUCGAUGUUGCCGAGGUACUAUGUUGUUCCUGAUUACUUUGUUCCAAAAAAGUUUCAAUCUUUUCAAUUUCUUAAAAAUACCCAUUUCAAUUUCAUUCCUUAUUCUUCUUCAAAAAAAAAUUUCAUUCCUUACUCUUCGAUUUCAACCACAUUUCAUAGUAAUGAUGUUGAUGAUGCUGUUUCUUUGUUCAAUAGCUUGCUUCAUCAGAAUCCCACUCUUACCGCAUUCGAAUUCAAUAAGAUUUUAGGUUCCCUUGUCAAAUCCAAACAUUACCACACUGUUCUUUCUCUUUCUCAACAAAUGGAAUUUGAGGGAAUUAAUCCUAACUUUGUCACUUUCAACAUCCUCAUCAAUUGCUUUUGUCAAUUGGGUCUUAUCCCUUUUGCUUUCUCUGUUUUGGCAAAGAUUCUCAAAAUGGGUUAUGAGCCAGAUAUCAUAACAUUGAAUACAUUCAUUAAGGGUUUCUGUCUCAAAGGUCAGAUCCAUCAAGCAUUGAACUUUCAUGACAAGCUGGUAGCGCUUGGAUUUCAUUUGGACCAAGUUAGUUAUGGAACCUUGAUUAAUGGCUUGUGUAAAGUUGGUGAAACAAGAGCAGCUCUGCAAUUGCUGAGACGUGUUGAUGGAAAAUUGGUUCAGCUUAAUGCGGUAAUGUACAAUACCGUUAUUGAUGGUAUGUCUAAAGAUAAACAUGUUAAUGAUGCUUUUGAUUUAUAUUCUGAAAUGGUUGCAAAGAGAAUUUCUCCCGAUGUUGUUACUUACAGUGCUUUAAUUAGAGGGUUUUUCAUUGUUGGUAAACUGAAAGAUGCAAUUGAUCUGUUUAAUAAAAUGAUAUUGGAAAACAUCAAACCGGAUGUGUAUACCUUUAAUAUAUUAGUUGAUGGAUUUUGUAAGGAAGGAAGGCUGAAAAAAGCUAAAAAUGUGUUAGAUAUGAUGAUGAUACAAGACAUUAAACCUAAUGUGUCUACUUUUAAUACAUUGGUUGAUGGAUUUUGUAAGGACAGAAAGAUGAAAGAAGGUAAAACUGUGUUUGCUAUGAUGAUGAAACAAGGCAUUAAACCUAAUGUUGUUACUUAUUGCUCUUUAAUGGAUGGAUAUUGCCUAGUUAAACAAGUGAAUAAGGCUAAGAAGAUAUUCAACACUAUGUCUCAGAGGGGAGUGACUGCUAAUGUUCAUAGCUACAAUAUCAUGAUUAAUGGAUUUUGUAAGAUUAAAAAGGUGGAUAAAGCCAUGAAACUCUUCAUAGAAAUGCAUCACAAACAUAUUAUUCCUGAUGUGGUAACUUACAAUUCCCUUAUUGAUGGUUUGUGUAAAUCGGGGAAAAUAUCUUAUGCUUUCCAGCUAGUCAAUGAGAUGCAUGAUAGAGGUCAACCACCUAAUAUAAUUACUUACAAUUCUAUAUUAAAUGCUUUAUUAACAAAACUGAAGGACCAGGGUAUUCAACCAAAUAUGCAUACAGACACUAUUCUUAUCAAGGGACUGUGUCAAAGUGGAAAACUAGAGGCUGCACGAAAAGUUUUUGAAGAUCUUUUGGUCAAAAUCUAAAUGUCUAUACAUAAACCGUUAUGAUCCAAGGGUUUUGUGACAAGAACUUGUUUGAUGAAGUGUUGGCAUUGCUGUCAAUAAUGGAAAAGAAUGGAUGCAUUCCAAAUGCUAAAACUUAUGAAAUAAUUAUCCUGUCUCUGUUCGAAAAAGAUGAAAAUGAUAUGGCAGAGAAACUUCUUUGUGAAAUGAUCGCGUGAGGUCUAUUGUAAGACUGAAACUAUUUGAUAACAUCAUUUCAUUUUAUGUACUUGCCUCUGCUAGUGGAAAAGAAACUUUUUUAUUGUUUUUGUUAACUGUGUUUACAAAAACCUUUAUUCUUCUCGUAUAUCUUCCAUUUUGAUUUCUCUAUAUGAUAUUGUCUUACCUCAUUAAGAGUUCCAUCAAUCAAUUAUGAAAGUUAUGCACCCUCUUAUCUGCAGAUUUGGAUGUUAUUAUACCUUUCUGCUUUGAAUUACAUUUAUUUAUUUAUCUUGAGUGAAA